AUGGCAACAAAAGUCUCUGAAAAUUGCGUUAAACAGGUCUUGGACAUCAAGGUCUUUGACCAGAUCCUGGAAAUGGACGAGGAUCCGGUUCAGCGCGAAUUCAGCUCGGAGAUUGUCUUCUCAUUUUUCGAGGAAACGCAAAAGGUUUUGGCGUCUAUGGAAGAGGAAGUGACAAAGUCUUACGUUCAUAGCUAG